CCCAAGGAUGGCGGCUGCAACGCCGUGCAGACCAUCGUGGAGCGCCUGCGGGCGUGCGGGAUCCGCCACGGGCGCGCCGCGGACCACGACCUGCGCCGCGACAGCUACACGUGGACGUCGCACGACCUGCGGCAGUUCCUGCUGCACAAGGCCCGCCUGGAGCACGGCGGCCCCUACGACCACAUCGAGGACGACAGGAACGAGAGCUUCGAGCUCACGCACGCCAAGAACCGACGCAACGCCGCCGCGUACCACCACCGGACGUCGCCACCGCCACCUUCUGCGUCGCCGCCGCCGCCGGGCCCUACCCCAGGCACGCCGCGCCCUCCGGCCAGAGGCGCCAGGGCCUCGGCCGCGGCCAUCCUGCGGGGGCAGUGGCGGCCGCGGCUGACGGCGCCGCGGAGCUCCGUGCAGCUGGAGCACGUGGGCAUGCGGGACAUGUCGCCGCCGCCGCGGCCGCGCCUCUGGUCGCUGCCCGCCAUCAUCGUGACCAAGAGCGAGGACCCCAAGUCACCGUCGCCGCCCAAUUACAGGGACGAGUUCGGCGACGCCAUGAACUACCUGACGGUGCCGAGCGCCCACCACCAGCGGGCGCGCUCGGACGAGGAGCGCGAGGCGGGAGGCGACGCCGCGCGGGGGAAGCCCCACCAAGCUGGGCUCCAUCAUGGACCUGUGGGCGGGCGACUGGGACAUCCGCGCCGACGCCCGCAGCCGCGACGACAGGGCCUUCCCCCGGGGGUCGCCGCCCCCCGACCCCCGACCGCAGCCGGCGCCGGAGUACCUCCAGUACGAAGAGUCCUUCAUGUACGGGCGUUACUCGGCCAACCUCGCCGAGUACGCCCGUCAGGAAGCCCGCCGCCUCCGCGAGGACGACCACCACAAGGACGAGGUCCUCUUCUCCAAGGAGCUGCAGCCGUACCGGGGGAGGGUCGCCAGGACCUGCAUCUCGUUCAUCAGACCCAUAUGGGACCACACUUUCGCCCGGCUCGGAGAGGACUGGGUGUUCCUGUUCAUCCUGGGCACCGUCAUGGCCACUAUAUCCUUCCUCAUAGAUGACAUUGUCCGCAUCUUCUUUAAUACCCGAAUACUUCUCCACAAUUACCUCGGCGACAUCCACUGGGGGCUGCAGCUGUUCUCGUGGGUGAGCAUCCCGACGCUGCUGGUCAUCUUCGCCGCCGCCUUCUGCCAGUGGAUGGCCCCGUCCGCCGCCGGCUCGGGCAUCCCCGAGAUGAAGACCAUCCUCAGGGGCGUCGUGCUCAAGGAGUACCUCACGUGGAAGACCCUCCUGGCGAAGCAUUGUGUGUGGUUUUGCUGGAUCUCUGUUUGUCUACCUCCAUCGGAGAUACGUCAUGUUUAUGCGAUCGAACAAGAUGCUUAAGAACUUCCUCAAGAAAAAGCGCCUCUUAUAUCCAACCUUUGUGACCAUAGCAAUCUCCAUCAUGACCUUUCCACAGUGUUUAGGUCAGUUCAUGGCUGCAACAAUACCCGCAAGUCAACAGAUCCUGCAGCUUUUCAGCAAAGUGACGUGGACGAAGCAAAGUGAGAUCCUGUCAGAGGAGCAGCAGGACAUCCUGAGGAAUUGGCUACCUGACGUGGAGGGGAACUUCCACCUCAGCCUUUUUGUCUUCCAAAUUGUUACU